UAUUUAUUACAACGAUCUCAGUUGGCUGCUCUCACUUCGUUUCGGCUUUUGUCUCCUCCGCCUCCUCUUUACCUUUCGAAUUUUCAAAGGUGGAAAGUAUAUUUAAUAUCAAUCAAUCAAUAUCAAUAUGGAUCCCCAUUCUCUGGUAAAAAAAAAAAAAAAAUAUGGAGGGGAAAACAGUUAAAUUGAGACGGUUGGUAGAUUGGAAGAGAUGCUUCUAUAUCUAGGUGUCCAUUGAAGAGUUUUACGCAAUUUUCGACAGGGGUUUGAGGAGGAGGAGGGGAAUUUUAGGAUUUCUAGUUCCGGGUUUGGACUUUUCAGAGAAGGAGGAUUGGUUCUGGUAGGUUUGGUUGGAGGAGUAUCAAAUGGCUUUGAAGAUAAUGAAUGGGAUUCUGCUGGUUUUGCUCGCCUUUUUUUGUUGGGAAAUGCUCGGAUCUGAGGCACAAAGUUUGCCAAGGAGUGAAUUGAAUGCUCUGCGUCAAAUUGCAUCUAAAUUAGGGAUGAUGGGGAACUUCAAUGUGGACCAGUGUAGCAGUGGAGGCUGGAAGAUUAGUACCACAGAAGACAGGGAGGCUAAUGUUACAUGCAACUGCUCCUUUGUGAGCAACACUGUUUGUCACAUUGAGAUGAUUUUUUGGAAGGCCCAAAAUCUAUCUGGGAUAAUUCCCGAAGACUUUGGUAAUCUAACCCACCUCAAUGUAUUGGAUUUUUCACGCAAUUAUCUAAAUGGUUUUAUUCCUGAAGUUUUGUCUGGUCUGCCUUUGGUCCAGUUGUCCCUUCUGGGAAACAGGUUUUCUGGGCCAAUCCCGAAGAAGUUUGGAGACAUGAAGAACCUUACUGAAUUAGUUGUUGAGGCAAACCAGCUGGGAGGCAGUCUUCCAGAAGAACUUGGACACUUGAGCAAUUUGGAGAGACUUAUCCUUUCUUCAAAUGAAUUCACCGGAGAGUUGCCGACCACAUUCGCCAAGCUUACAAAUUUAACAGACUUUAGGAUUAAUGGGAACAAUAUUUCUGGCACCAUACCUGGUUUCAUUGGGAACUGGACGAAACUUAAGAAAUUAAGAAUCAGUGGUACAUCCAUGGAAGGACCAAUUCCUACAACCAUUUCUUCCUUGGAAGAUAUGGAGGACUUGAGGAUCACUGACCUAAGUGGGAAACCUUCUCCUUUCCCUCCAUUGGAGAAAAUGAAGAAGCUUGGGAAACUGAUUCUAAGAAACUGCUCAAUAUCUGGUGUCAUCCCACCAUACAUAGAAGAAAUGAAGGAUCUAAAAGACCUUGAUCUGAGCUUUAACAAUUUGACCGGUGGAAUUCCUCCCUUUUUAAAGGACUUUAAAGGCCUUGAUAGAUUGUACCUUAAAAGCAACAAGUUGACUGGAGAUGUGCCUGAUUGGAUUAUGAGAAUUGAUCCUGACGUGGAUAUAUCUAACAACAACUUCACAGGUGCUACUUCGUCAACCAUGUGUCCACCCUCAGGCCCGAACAUGCUUGCAAGCUACUCUUCCGUACAGGACAAAUUAAUCCGGCCAUGCCUACAAAAAGGUUUCCCUUGUCCUGUAAAACCAAAAAAUUUCAAGCUGUUUAUAAAUUGUGGAGGCAGAAAAAUAACUAUUGAUGGGGAGGAAUAUGAAGAAGACUUGGUAGGAAAAGGCACUAAUAUGUUUGAUGGAAGGGAGAAGUGGGCUGUUAGCAGCACAGGGAACUUCAUGGACAAUGGUGGUACUCUUGGUGAUAUGUACGUACCCAGCAGUACGUCCAAUCUUUUAGCCCAGAAAAACAUUGAGUUGUACAGUACGGCACGUGCUUCUGCCAUUUCCCUUUCAUAUUAUGGGCUUUGCCUCCAGAAUGGUGGCUACACUGUUGUCCUCUAUUUUGCUGAAAUACAAUUCACUGAUGGCCACACUUUUAGCAGCCUUGGGAAACGCAUAUUUGAUGUGUAUAUUCAGGGCAAGAAAGUACUGACUGAUUUCAACAUAAGGAUGGAAGCAAAUGGUACAGGUAUCGGUAUCAACAGAACCUUCAUCACUGAUGUUACAGAUCACACUCUGGAGAUCCACUUCUAUUGGGCUGGAAAAGGGACCACAAGCAUCCCUUGGAGAAGUUUCUAUGGCCCCCUCGUGUCAGCCAUUAGAGUGACACCUAAUUUUACCCCAGAGAUUGAUGGUGAUGACAAGUUUUCCACUGGAGCUAUGGUUGGGAUUGUGGUUUGUUCUUGCUUUGUGGUCUUCUUAAUUUUGGCCGUCCUUUAUAUGAAAGGCUAUCUAGGAGGCAAUGAUAAAGAGAACAAAGAAUUAAGAAGCCUUGAGCUUCAAACAGGUUACUUUAGCUUAAAACAGAUCAAAGCUGCUACAAAGAACUUUGAUCCUGCAAAUAAGAUUGGUGAAGGUGGUUUUGGGCCGGUUUACAAGGGUGCCUUGCCAGAUGGAUCAGUCAUUGCAAUUAAACAACUUUCAUCUAAAUCAAAGCAAGGGAACCGUGAGUUUGUCAAUGAAAUUGGCAUGAUUUCUGCCUUGCAACACCCAAAUCUUGUAAAGCUAUAUGGUUGUUGUAUAGAAGGCAAUCAGUUAUUGCUAAUCUACGAAUACAUGGAAAACAACUGUCUCUCUCGUGCUCUCUUUGGUCCAGACGAGUCCCGGUUGAAACUGGAUUGGCCUAUACGACUCAAGAUUUGCAUAGGAAUAGCAAGAGGCCUGGCUUAUCUUCAUGAAGAAUCAAGACUGAAAAUUGUUCACAGAGACAUCAAGGGCACCAAUGUUCUCCUUGAUAAGGAUUUAAAUGCCAAGAUAUCUGAUUUUGGUUUGGCAAAACUUGAUGAAGAGGAAAAUACCCACAUCAGCACAAGAAUCGCUGGAACAAUAGGAUAUAUGGCUCCUGAAUAUGCAAUGCGAGGUUACCUAACAGACAAAGCAGACGUAUACAGCUUUGGUAUCGUGGCUCUUGAGAUAGUGAGUGGGAAGAGCAACACAAAUUACAGGCCAAAGGAGGAAUGUGUUUAUCUUUUAGAUUGGGCUUAUGUGCUACAAGAGAAGGGUAGCCUCCUAGAGCUAGUGGACCCAGAGUUGGGGUCGAACUAUUCCAAAGAUGAAGCCCUAAAGAUGCUAAAUGUGGGCUUACUGUGUACAAACCCUUCUCCCACGCUCCGCCCUUCUAUGUCAGCCGUUGUGAGCAUGCUUGAAGGAAAUGCCAAUGUGCGGGCCCCACUAUCAAGGCCUGGCGCUACAAGUGAGGAAUGGAGGUUCAAGGCUUUUACAACUAUUUCACAAGACAGCCAGAGCCAGAGCCUGAGCCUGAGCUUGAGCCAGAGCCAGACUUUGUCGAUGGAGGGCCCAACAAGUGGAUACUCUGGGCCAUGGAUUGCAUCCACUGUUUCUCUCUCUAGCAAGGAAGAAGUGAGCUCAAAAAGCCACCUACCUCAACUUAUAGAUGUUAGUGGAGAUUAGGUAUAUGUACGGAAAUCUCUUGAAUGCUUUUGUCCUUUUUUCAGUUUUAUUGUUAGUCUUGUUAUCAUUAUUUUGUAGGACAUGUAAUUUGUUGUUUAUUAUUGUAAUGUUGCGUUUAGUCAGAAUGAUAAGAACUAGUGAUAAUGGUGCAGAUUGGGUGGGCUUCAAGAUUUGCCCACCUUGAUUUGCUGAUGCUUUAUCUUCCCCCCAGUUUUGUGACUUUAUUUGCCUUGUCAAUAUAUGUAUUAAAUUCUACUGAUGGCUGAUUGUAGUUUUGGAGGCUUUGCA